GUUAUUAAUAACACUACUCAUUUCUCACCUCACAAGUCACAUCUCCACAAUUCUCACACACUCCGAAAUCCAAAAACAUCGAGGACAGCACAUCACAAUGUUUCCGAGAAGCGUGUGCCGAACAAGUUCAAUCCAGAAAAAAAAAUCGAAAGUGAAAAAGGGGUUGAAGGCACUAAAGAUUGGAAUAAGGAGAAUAGUCGAUUCUCAAAAAAGUGUCUCGCAGAUGAUUCCAGGAAACGCCCGAUUGCCGCUCAGCUGCUGCAAUUCCUAAUUCUAAAGGAUCUCGACACUGAUUCUCGGGAAUAUGGUGUUUUCCAGUUUGCCGGUGGAGGAGAAGAUAAAGCUUUACUCAAACGAACCUUCCAAAACUACGAGACCUCUCGACUAGCCGACUUUGCUGAGGCUCUAGCUGGCGGCAAAUUCACGGUUGAUCUCAAGAUGUGA